AUGAAAACCAUCUCCAAUACGAUUUUGGUCACCCUCUUCUUCUUCAUUAUCUACCUUUCCACUUCAGCAACAGCAGCCAACCAAGAUACAGUGUUUUCCGAUGGAGAAGAUGAAAAGACGGACAGCGGCCUCUUCACCAACGACCCCUACGUGAUCUCGCUGAACGAGCGAAACCUGGCGGCGAACCUCUUCGGGCAGACGGAGGCAACGGUGGCGAUGUUCUACGCCAGCUGGUGCGGCCACUGCCAGCACACGGCGCCCAUCUUCAGCGCUCUGGCGGCGACGAUGGCGCCCUGGCGGGCGGCGACAAUACUAGAUCUACUCAACUGGCGCAGUGUCGUCCGCCUGAAGCGCUUCUACGAUCGAACUGACUCGCUGGCCGAGUCGCUGGCCACCAUUCACGUCACACUGCCGGCGAUUCUGGAGGUCAGCGUCGAUCGCUGUACGUUCCAACCGGUCAUGAACUCCGGCCAGUCGAUGGCGGCGCUGAAGAACGACUUUGAACGACGAAUCUGGUCAAAGUACCCCAGUCCUGAUCCAGAUCACAACAGCAACCGCAACCUCCCCAUCCCCAACAACAACAAAGCUAAGAAUGACACCAAAGCUAACCAGAAGGUGGUUCGCUACCGCCUGAGCUACAUUGACCUCUACAACACCAUGCGCACCUCCAUCCUCGACGAGAUGCUCAAAGUGGAGCCGUACGAGGAGCACCACGUCCACGCCAUCAAGCAGUACUUCUCCGUCGUCUACCGGUACUUUCCCUUUCGAAAUGAAAACGUCCGCCGCCUUUUCAAGCGCAUGAACAUGUGGCUCGACCACCAUGACGUCACUAACAUGAACCGAGUGCGCCUACGCGAGGCGGUCAAGAUCAGCGACGGCUUUCUUUGGCCCACGGAAAGUUACCGCUUCUGCAAUGGCAGCGAGCCGAAGUACCGCGGCUAUCCCUGCGGCAUGUGGGUGCUCUUUCACGUGCUGACGGUCAACGAGUACCUGCGCCCGCCGCAGGGCGGCGUCAAGCACGAGGUGCUCUACAUGAUGCGCAACUACACCUCCGCCUUCUUCAGCUGCAAACAGUGCGCGGCCCAUUUUGUGGCCGCCACGCGGGAGAUGGCCGCCGAGCUGACGACGGCCAACGCCAGCGUCCUCCUCCUCUGGCGGCUGCACAACCAGGUCAACCAGCGCCUGGAGGGCGACCCCUUCACCGAGGAUCCCUUCCACCCGAAGGCGCUCUUUCCCGGCGUUCGUCUCUGUCCCGCCUGCUUCUCCAACGGUUCCAGCACCAGCUAUGGGGCGAUCGAAGCAGGAGGUACCGGUGGCCAAUUUGAGCUGCCCGCAGUGCUCGAAUUUCUCACUGACUUCUACGCCAAAAAGUCCAUCUCCAAUAGUGGCUACAGCGUCGGCGUCGGCGGGAACCCGUGCUUCUCCGUUUCCUACGUGUGGAUGUUGUCCUUGGUGGCGCUGCUGCGACUAGUGAGCACUGUUUAG